AACCCGCACAGCACCACGGCAGGGAAAGCAGGGGUCGGCCCCUCCGCCCCCAACCCGGCGCGCCCCCCGCGCCCCCGCGCGAGCGCGAGUCGCCGGCGGAAGUGCGGCGUCGCGCACUUCCGGGUGUUGUCUGGUUGCCGCCGCCGCGCGUCUCCGGUCCCCCGGCCGCCGCCGCCGCCGCUGCCGCCUCGGGUCCCGGAGCCAGGAGCGACGUCACCGCCAUGGCCGGCAUCAAAGCUUUGAUUAGUUUGUCCUUUGGAGGAGCAAUUGGGCUGAUGUUUUUGAUGCUUGGAUGUGCCCUUCCAAUAUACAACCAAUACUGGCCUCUCUUUGUUCUGUUUUUUUACAUCCUUUCACCUAUCCCAUACUGCAUAGCGAGAAGAUUAGUGGAUGAUACAGAUGCUAUGAGUAACGCUUGUAAGGAACUUGCCAUAUUUCUUACAACAGGCAUUGUUGUCUCAGCUUUUGGGCUCCCUAUUGUGUUUGCCAGAGCACAUCUGAUUGAGUGGGGAGCUUGUGCACUUGUUCUCACAGGAAACACAGUCAUCUUUGCAACUAUACUGGGCUUUUUCUUGGUCUUUGGAAGCAAUGAUGACUUCAGCUGGCAGCAGUGGUGAGAGGAAUUACUGCACUAUUGUCAAGUGGACUUCUUGUCAUUUGUUGGCCAUCUACGCACACAGGAGCUGGGGCAGGGAAGCUGAGUGGCACAGCAAGCCUCUUGGGGGUAUUCUAGGUGCUCCCUUCUCACUUUUAUUGUAAGCAUACUAUUUUCACAGAGACUUGCUGAAGGAUUAAAAGGAUUUUCUCUUUUGGAAAAGCUUGACUGAUUUCACACUUAUCUCUAGUAUGCUUUUUGUGGUGUCCUGCUGAAUUUAAAUAUUUAUGUGUCCCUGUUCAGUUACUUUUUUAAAUCAGUAUGCAAUGUUAAGCAUUUUAAAAAUGUAAUAAUAACCAUUUACAUUGGUUAGAAAUUAGAUUUCUGCUGGCUAUUACUGGGCUAAAGGACAUCUUUUGUCUUAAAAUUAUUUAACCUCCAUUGCAAAAGUUCAAAGAAGUUUUCAAUCAGUCAGGAUGACAUCACUCCCAAUUUUAUGCAAACAUACAGACUGUUGGCAUACCUUAUAGACUGUACACUCAGCGCAAAUAUAGCUGCAUUUAUACCUCAGAGGGGCCAAGUAUUAAUGCCCGUGCCCUCCUAAGGGUUGCUGGUUUUGCCAGGAAGCAGGUGUUUUGUGAAUUGAAAAUUAUUUUAUGGGAUUGCUGCAAAGGAGUGCUUUUCUUCUCAAUUGUUAGAAGAAUUUAUUGUUAAAGGUAAGCGUGUAAAAGCAGAUUUUUGAGAUGGUUUUUAUUUAUGUUUAUUAUAGUUAAAGUAGAGUGAGUUGCAUUGUGGGAAGAAACGACAUUGAAAUUCCACUUUUUGAAUCCUCUUUCUGUCUCUGAGUGAAAUGUUUGAUCUUCUAUCAGCCUUCCAUAUUUUACCAUGGGUGAAAUGGACAUACGUGGAACUAUACUACUGAUAAGGGAAAGUUGUAUGUUUGCGUCAUCUAGACCAGAAAACCUUUCCCUGCUUCCUCCUUUUAACUUAUUUUAUACAUUGUAUAUAUUAAGUAAAAUAACUUUUCAAAUAUAGUUUAAUAACACUUUAAAUUAGAGGUGUUUAUCUCACCUGGAAAGUAAUCGCUAUGCCGUACAAGCCAAGCGCCCCCUGCCCCGCAAGGCCUUGACAUGAUUAACAAGUGACUUGUUAGUCUUGCAGAGAAGUGAUGCAUUAACAAUUUAAGAUUUAGACCAUGGUAAUUGUAGUUCUUAUUCUCUAAGGUUAUAUCAUAUGUAAUUUAAAAAUAUUUAAGACAAGUUUCCUGUAUACCUCUCAACUUUCUUGAUUUUUAUUUCAUCAUGAUAGAUACGCUGUUCCUUUUAAAUGGCAUUUAUUGUGUGAAUUAAUGCAAAGUAGCCAAAUCCAGCUGUAUAGCAGCUUCAAACACAGACCUGACCAAAAAAUUCCCGGUAAUCAGGCAUGAUCAAAUGGUAGUGGUCAUUUGCAUCUCAACAAUUAUCAGUACCUUUUUCUAGAGCUAGUUAGGAAAGUGUUUGAGUUGGUCUGACAGUAUGUUGUUGAGGAUAUUUGUGUGUUUAGUCAGUAUACUUACAGGAAAAUUAUUUUGCCUUCAGACAAAACUGAGUGAUCAUGACAGCUAUCUUUUGUUGUUUUAUAGAGUUUAUUUCUCAAGAAAAUGGAAACAGAUUUUGGGUUUGUUCAGCUUUUUACUGAAGAUGUGUAAAGGCCACAGGUUUUAUUGCUGAACCCAUGUUGUGACUUUAGCUGUGAGAUGGGCAGCAGAACAAAAGAUCUGCAUGUGGCCGUCCCACUUAGACAGUAGGCUGGACAUGACUUGCGGUGUUAUAAUGAUGGAGACCUAAAGAGGAAGGUACAGGUACGCAUGAAGUAGCUGGCCAUACAGUUGGGAACUCAGUGCCUGUGAUCUACUUGAUUUUUUUUUUUUUUUUUUUUUUUGCAGGCAGUACAUCCUCUGGCCCUUCCCCAUUUUCUGUUCUAGAAUAUCAGUGCAGUGCACUGCUACUGUUUUAUUCACUUGGCCAUAGACUCUUUUUCUAACAGCUGCAUAUUCUUUCUGUGUACUGAUUGCAUUGGCAGCAUUGUGUCUUUCGUCUUGCACACUAGCUUGACAUAGUGCUGUCUGAUUUCUAGGCUAGUUAUUUGAGGUAUGAAUUUUCCAUAGAAUAUGCACUGAUCCUGCAUUGCCAUUCUUCUAUGGAAAGAAAACUUUUGAUGAUGAAACAAUAAAGAUUUUAAAUAUCUAUUUUAGUUGUGGAUGUUUUUGAAAUGAAAAUAUACUAUGCACCUCAGGAACUGAAGUGCAUUACUCGUUUUAAUAAUGUGAUAUAAAACAAGUAUGGCAUUAAUCAUUAAUGUUGGACUUGCUGGAGUUUCACUCCCAAAAUAGAAUUGAAACCAUAGUAAUAAAUGUUAACAGUGAAGCCCUAUGAUUUUGUGCUAUGGUGAAAGGAUUGGUAACCUGGGGAAGUAGAAUUUUUACCUAACCCUUUAUAAAAAAGCCAUAGAUGAUUUUGUUGAAAAAAAAAGAUCGUUGAUAAUCUAAAGUCAAGGUUGUACCUGUUCUUAAAUUUUCAGAUCUUUUUUAUGACUGUAUGUUUUAUUGUGCAUUUAUCACCAUUCAUUAGUAGAGCAGUUUGCUUUUUGCAAACAUUUCAAAUAGUUAAUGGUAAAAAAUCUGUGUGGUACAGUGUGAACGGAGAAAAAUACUGUUCUCUUUUAUCAAACAUGAAUCUUGUCCCAAACUGUCCUAAUUAUAUAACCUCAUUAUAUACUUUAAAAAGUUUAGAUCAUAGUUUCUUAGUGUUUGCUCUAAUACAAUUUUUGGGGUGUUUUGUCAAAAUAAUCCAGAUUUCUAGAGUAAACCCUGGAAUAUGUAUAUUGAGUGUGACAAGAUUCAUUCCUAAGUUUCAAGUAACUUUAAAUCAGCACGUCAGAUUUAACAAGCAGCCAUGCAACAACAGUACUGUCAAGUGAUAUGUACGUUUUACAUCUCGGGAUGCUUUAUGGUUUGUAAAACUGGUGGGAAAUUCAAAAUCAUGUUUCUUCCAUAUAAGCCUAUGUUAUCCUUUCUCUGGGUGAAGAUUAGGGAGCUGUUAUUUUAUUACAGGCCUCCUAAUUUUCUGGCGUUCCCAGAGAAGAGAACAUAUCCUAUAAAAUAAAUAUCCCAGGUAACUGAAGUUUAUCUCAAAGAGAACUGACAUUUGUUUUAUUUAUUUUGGUGAAGUAUUAAAUGAGUCAUACACUUUUGUACUUUCUUAGAAUAUAUUAAGACAUUUUGCGUUUUCCUUGGUAAUUUAGGAUUAUCAUAAAUUAUUUCCCCCUUUUUCAAAUGGCCCCAGACCUGUAUUUUUCUGGAAUUGUGUUUUUGCUGGCUUUUCUUACAGCUGAAUUUGUUCCUAGCAUGCCUUACCUUGUUUUGUUUCUAAUUUUCUAAACUAUAGUACUUUAGGGGACGUCUGGGUGGCUCAGUCGGUUAGGUGUCCAGCUCCUUGGUUUCGGCUCCAUACUCAGCGGGAAGUCUGCUGGAGGUUCUCUCUCCCUUUCCAUCUCCUUUUGUCCUUCCCCCCAGUGGUGUGCAUGGGCGUAUGCAUGUGCUCUCUCUUGCUUGCUUGCUCGCUGUCUCUAAAAUGGGUGGAUAAACCUUUUUAAAAAAUAAAUAAAUAGACUAUACUACAUUAGGAGGAAUAGAAAGUUGCCAGGGGAAAAAUUAGGUAACCAAGUGGACUGAAUCAAUUAUGUAACAUUUCUAUACACAGUUACCUCAGUGGGCCUAACCAGGUGCUCCCACCUCUUGUACAAAUGAAAUGCUCUGUGAUGAAUCUUCUUCCUGCUGCAAAGGCCUUUUUAAAAAACUGUACACCAGCCAGUGGGGGUUGUGAGAGGGAGCACAGACAGGGAGGUGUGACUGCAGCAGGAGGUGCCUCCGAGGUCCCCUUGCUAAACUUGAGGACUUACCCCGAGCUUAGAUACCCAUAGGCCUCUAACUGAUUUCUGAGAGCUUCUCUCUCUCUCCACCAUUUGUCUUCAGUUGCAGAAAGUCUAGAUAUGAAGACAGUUUUACAGUUCAUUUUUACUGGACACUCUGUACUGAAUAUUUUGCUUCCAGUCUCUUGAAGAUUAUUUGAAUCCAUCUUAGGGUUUAGGACCAUACACUGUAGUCACAACAAUUCAGAUAUUAAUUGUUAAGCUUGUAAAUUCCUAUCAGAAGGACUAAAACAGUCAAACUCAAAAAUGUUUUCACAAGUGAGAAAUUAUGACCAUGAAACAUUCCUUUUUCAGUUGCAGUUUGUUUUCUUGUUUGUAUUUAGAGGAGUACUCACAGGGGACAAUCAGGAACUUUUGUUUCAGAAGCCAGUAGAAUGGCUAAUACUGUGAGAGAGAAACUUUGUGGCAGCUUACAGCCAUAGAAACCAUCAAAAAGAAUAAUAUAGAAUGAAACUGAGUAUUUUCUUAUCUCUUUGUAAGAGCAUUACUGUUUAAUAGUUUAGUUAUCUUGACUUAUACUGUGUUGGCAUUUAAUGUCAGAAGUAUCUUUUUCUCUUUCGGCUGAUCAAUGUAUUAUGUAAUAUGUAAAUAUAGUUAUGACAUAAAAGUGAGUGAACUCGUGUAUAUAUGUGAACCUCCAAAAUAGAACAGAUGUUUUCCUGAAAGCUUGGUAUACGUCAUAGAAUAUUUGGGGACUGUCUCUGAAAGUGUUCACAAUUGAACAACUUUCUAGGAUUAAGUUAAGAUGGAUGGAUUUUAAUUCAUUUUUUGUCAUGUCUAAAUCAUCAACUUCCAAAAUAUACAAUCAGCUCUAAUAUCUAGUCAAUGAGUAUAGCAGUGAAGAAGAGGGUAUUAGUCUCCCAAGGAUUUAAAAAAAAAAAAAAAAUGGUUUUGAACCAUACUCCAUACUAGAAGGGACAUUUGUCAUUUACAAGUAUAAAUGGCUUAAUUAAUCUAGUGCUUAAAGGUGUCCUCAAAAAAUAUAUUAUUACAAGGGCGCCUGGCUGGCUCAGUUGGUAGAGCAUGUGACUCUUGAUUUCAGGGUCACAAGUUUGAGUCCCAUAUUGGGCAUAGAACCUACUUUAAACAAAAUACGUAUAUAUAUAUAUAUAUAUAUAUAUAUAUAUAUAAUAUGUAUACUUAAAAAAACACCUUCCAGACACUGAGAAGUAUCCAACUAAUUAGGUAGAAAUGGUUUAUAUUUCAUCUUGACUAUGUCACUGAGAUACUUACUCUGAAACACUACGUUUGGUUCAAACUUUUUAUCUAGAUAAGUUCUUUGUUCCCAAUGGCAGUUAUAUUCUACAUGACAACAUUCUAGGUACUAAUGGGGAAUAGAAAAAAAAUAGGAACACAGUCCCUCUCUGAACUAGAGAUUCAAGAAGAUAUCAAAGGAAGCUGAUUCCUAUAUAUGCCAAAAGGGAAGUGUGGGGAUUUGCAGGAGGAAAAGAUUUGGGAAGCAAAAGGGAGGUGGGGGUAAUUUCCUGUUCUGCUUUGGCCUGUCUCUUGCUGGCAGACAGGGUCUUGGCAUGAGCCUUUCUCUGGAGCAGCAUUGUGUGUGGUGUUGGCUCUUAGGAUUCCUGGGACUCGGGGAAGUUGGGCAGCAGAAAUGGUGGUGGGCACUUCUUGAUUGUGACCCCCUCACUCUGGAUCCCAGAUACAGUGGAGAUGUGAGAGGUGGGUGAGAUUUAUGUUGUGUUUUAAAGGAACGACCAAGCAGAUUUGCUGAAGAACUGUGUGGGAAAAAGAGAGGAGUCAGGGGUGACUACCAAGUUUUUGAUUGUCAUGUCAGGGGGUGGGGGAUGAAGAAGAGGUAGUGAGGGAGAGUUUGAAAACAAUAAGGUCUAGACCAUAUGUCCAAACUACUGGUUCAUCAUAUCUACUUGUUACGUGGAAGUGACAUCAUUCGCCUUGUUUCAAACCUUUACCCUACAAAACAAUACUAUGGACAUUUCAGCCUAGUAACUACUUUAUAAACUCCUGAGGGUUGACAUUGUAGCACACGUCUUGGCAUAGUGGUUACACAGUGAACUCUAGAGUGAGCCUACCUGUACCACUGGCUGUUCCUUGUACUAGAUGUGUAGCCUUAAGUGAGUUAUUGAACCUCUCUGUGUCUCAAUUCCACAUCUGUAAAGUGAGGCUGCUAAUAGUACCUGCUUCAUAAGGUGGCUGCGAUGUUUAAAUGUGACUUGCCGAGGGCUGACAGCGAUUGAGAUGGUUAAAUGUUAGCUACCAUUACUGUUUCUUACCAGUUCUCUCUACUGCUAAGCAGUUCCCUCUUCUCAUGGAAGUAGACAAACUAAAAAAAAUAAAACAUUCUAGCAAUCCAGUCUUAAUAUAUUGCUGACAGGAGUCACCCCGUCAGCCUCACAGUAUCUCUUGGAAAUGCUCUACCUCCCUGGUCUUCAGUCAUUCAUUGCAGUACUUCAAGGUAAUCAGGAAGACCUAUUGAUUAUCUAAUAAACACUGCCACAGUGUUCCGAUGGGUUAAGUCUACAGGAUCCUCUCUCCCCCCACUCCUCCACCAAACCUGAAAAAUGAUACGCCUUUUUUUUUUUUUUUAAGAAUAGGGAAAUAUAUUGCCAAACUUAAAACAAGAAGGGGAAGUCUUGAUAGAUCAGAAACUAAGAAAUCCCUGAGAAAAUGAAAACCAGCAUAAUCAAAUUGAAGAACAAAACUGUAGCCUAGAAUGCUGGUGGCAAGCACAUGGGAGGAUACAACCAUAAAAUAUGGGAGCCAUGCCAAGGAGGCCCUUUAUCACCACAAGUGGUGGCAUCCAGAGGUGGGAGGGGGCUCAGAGAGGCAACAUACCGAGGCAAUUUGCUGAGGGAUUAUUUAGGGUGCUGCAGUGGGAGCAGCAAAACCAUCAGAUCUUUAUGCAUCCCCAUCUCACACUUCCCAGUUUAGGUUGGAGAACAUGUUUCCUGAAGGAGCAAAAAUGGGAACACCCAAGUCCAGAAGGCCAGCCACCAGAGUUACCCUGCUCAGUGGCGCAUCUUUCUCCUCCCUAACUCACUGAAAACACCGCCCCUCCCUUUCCUCAGGCUGCGCAAGCAGGAGCAACAGAUGGUCUAGCCAAAAGUUCUCAGUAGCAAAGGUGAGUUCCCAGACAGGGAUAACCAAACAGUUCAGGAGUGCCCACUGGAAGAAGACAAAUUCACAGAAUUUAGCACUGAGGAAACAGUUAACAGAACAAAAAGAAGCUCCACGUUUACAGUUUUGAGAAUUCAAGCUGUCCAAAAGACCAGACCAACUGUGUAUAAAAUCAGGCUAAUGAAGUUACAGAACAUUUUACAUAUUUUGCACCCAAAUCCAAUUAGAUUACCCAGGACCACUAUUUUGCUUUUUCCUCAGAGCUGCUUUAUCGUAUUGCAGUGGAUUUAAUUCAGAGACACAUAGUAUAAUCUUACUACGGAUAAACCUUAUUCUCCCUGUAAUGUCCUGUCCUGUGAGCGUGAACGUGGAACCCAGUAUCUGCUUGGAUGGAAAGGAAGGGAAAAGCUAUACGUGCCAUUACACAUCUUACAUGAUGUUUUGGAUUCCCACCUGAAACAUUGCAUAGCCCACCAUAAGCAUUUAUUCAUUCCACAGACAUUUUUGGAAUCAGACACCAGGGCUAUGGAAAUGGAAAUAAAAUGGAAAGUGAGAUGAGAACAAAAGUAUCUCAGACGUCCCCACUACAUUAUAUCUACCAAGUAGCUGUGUGACUCUAGAGGAAGUAGCAACAACAGCGAAGGGAGGAAAGAGAGAUGCUUCACAAAGAAAAUGGUUGUUGGGGCACCUGGCUGAGUCAGUUGAGCCUGCGACUCAUGAUCUCAGGGUCAUGCAUUUGAACCCCAUGUUGGAGAUUACUUAAAAAAAAAGAAAAAAAGAAAAUGGUGGUUGAUCUUGGUCUAGGAUGGUAAUAAGGAACCAUUCAAGCUCCCAACCAGUGUGACAGUUAAUGUUCUUUUGUUCAUGUUUCUCUUCCAAAGUAUUUCUGGGAAUCCCAGGAUUGCGUAUGUUUCACAAACUGGUCAUGGUUGGUGCUUGUCCCUCAGCCGGACUCUGGCACUGGACUGGCCUCCAUUCUCUGCAGCCACCUUUUCACCACUUUCUAAUUGCUUUUUCC